AUGCCCAGUCCACAGUCAGAGUUGCUAGACCCCUUCGUCGCGAAUACCAGCAAUAUCACGAGCCCCAGCAAUUCGCCCUAUAGAGCAUCACGUCGCUCGAAUACCCCGGCUUCGCUGUCAUCAGAUACGGAUGCCAUUGCGUCCUCUUCUAGAGCGACAGUCGUCAAACCUCCAAAGGUCCGGAAGACCAUCAACAGCUCAAGGAACAAAUCCGAUGUUUCAAAGCAAAACAAAGGCCAGAAAACCAAGGGAAAACCAGCACUCAUUACGCCUCUAGAGUAUGCGCAGAAGUUGCAGUUGAAUUCUGACUUGGCAAAGAAACGCAAAAGCGAUUACCUCAAGAGCAAGCGAAUAUUUUAUAUCGGUGGGGACAUGCAGUAUGCGAGCACCAAUACGCGCGGCCGUAUGGACUACAUCGUCAAGCAUGGUGGUACCUUGGUACCAUCGUACGAUCCCGCCAUCGUAACUCACAUCGUGACAGAUGCGAUGACUCGCCCGACACUGAAAGCCCUCGGAUUAAAAUCAUUAAAAGAGAUCCCUGACCAUAUCCCAACAGUCACUUGGACUUGGGUGAUAUCGGGCUACGGUCGUUCUGGCUACAACAAGGCCAAGCACGACGAGGAAGCAAAUACUACGAAAGGCAAGGCUAAGGCCACAGAUGAUGACGAAAGCGUUCUCGAUUUCGAAUUUCUACACGCGGCAUUCCCUGAACGCAUCGAUGCCGGUAGAAGUUGGCAGAAGGGAAAACAGGGAAAACAGGCCCAAGCAACGGGUGAAGUAAGCGCCUCUGCGAAUGACCCUGCUGGAGAUUUUAAUAAACAAACCCAAAAUUCACGACCCCCAGCGCCACAGCUAAUCGUUCUUCCUCCUGCACCCCUUACUUUCCUUCCCACGGGAAAAGCUUCCAGCACUGCCCACCAUAACGAUAAGCAACGCAGUCACGUCGAUAACCCACAAUAUAACACAGAUCCUCUUGCCGAGUUCUACGAGAAGGCGAAGGCAGAGCGAAAUACAGCUAGAGAUCUUGGACAGAGCGAGCCAGAUGAGAGCGAUGAUGAAGAAAAGUUUUCGAAACCAGCUCAUGUUCCUCGGCGCGGUUUUACAUGUGAUCGAAAGGAACCUCAGCAGCGCGAAUGUGCGAAUCAAGAUAUCAUCGAUAAGUUAGAAGAGCUUAUGGAAUUGCACAAGGCAAAACUUGGCGAUGAAGAUCGUUGGCGAGUGUACAGCUACUCAAAAUGUAUUCGCGCCUUGCGUAAUUAUCCCAAGAAAAUCAAGUCAUUUAAUGAGGCCCGAUCAAUCAACGGUGUCGGCGAGAAGACUGCCCGAAAGAUUAUGGAAAUUAUCGAAACCGGCGAUUUGAGACGCAUUGGAUAUGAAAAAACGGAUGAUGUCGAAGCAAUUAACUUAUUUCAGGGGAUAUAUGGCGUUGGCCGACAAAUAGCUUCGAUGUGGUACAAUAAUGGAUGCCGGACGCUGGACGAUGUUCGAGCUCGCAAAGGUGGCAUUAAGUUGUCUCACGUACAAGAGAUUGGGUUACGAUUCUACGAUGAUAUCAAUGCUAGAAUGCCACGCAGUGAAGCGGAGAGUAUCUUCAACUUAAUCAAACCGAUUGCUCUUGAGCUCGACGAGCACCUUUACAUUGAUAUCAUGGGCAGUUUCAGAAGGGGCAAAGCUACUUGUGGCGACAUUGAUAUCCUAAUCACUCGACCAACCUCAGAUGGGACGACACAUGCAGGUCUUCUUCCCGAGCUGCUCGCUCGUCUGCGUGCCACAAGGAUCUUGACAGAGGACUUGGCUUUGCCUGAUGAUUUUUCCGCUCUGGAAUUAUGUUAUCGUGGAUUGUGCAAGCUUCCCGAAUCAGAUGCCAAGCGUCGGCGCAUCGAUAUCUUAUGUGUUCCGUGGGAGAACAGAGGAGCAGCCCUCCUUUACUACACGGGUGACGAUAUUUUCAAUCGGGCCAUGAGAAUGAAGGCGAACGUCCUUGGAUAUUCUCUGAACCAACGCGGUUUGUAUGCAGGCGUCGUUCGAGACCCCCGAAACAGACGUAUCAAGGUUUCCGCAGGUAACAUUGUUGCAUCUGAGACAGAAGAGGAAAUAUUCAAGAUCCUAGGAGUGCCAUGGCAAGAGCCGCAUGAACGUGUACGGGGUUGA